GGCUCCCUCCUCGCCUCUCUCUCGCAUUGAGAUAGCUAGCAACGACCGUACUAUCCGUCAUCCGUGUCUCUCUCGUGCAACGAAGCAAGCAAGAAAAGCUUGGUUCCACCAUGGCUAAGGCCAGCACCAGCAGGCUGCUCUUCUCCCUCUCGCUCGUCGUCCUCCUGCUCCUCGUGGAGACCACUGCUCCCCAUGGACAGGCUGACGCCAUCGACUGCGGCGCGAGCUGCUCGUACCGGUGCAGCAAUUCGGGGCGGCCCAAGAUGUGCCUGAGGGCGUGCGGCACCUGCUGCCAGCGCUGCGGCUGCGUCCCGCCGGGCACCUCCGGCAACGAGGACGUCGUCGUCUGCCCCUGCUACGCCAACAUGACAACCCACGACGGCAAGCACAAGUGCCCGUGAACCACCCGUGUGCAUCCCACGCACACUCCCAGCGCAGAUCAGCCUACCAAGACAUGCAUGCAUGAUACUGCUUCAUCGAUCCUACCUAUAUAUAGCUACUGCUACGCCAUCCGUAAGUCGUCCAUCAUCAGUGUUCAAUGUGUACGCGUGUAUGCUUUCAGCCUAUAUGUAGUACUAUGCUCCAUGCCAUUACUCUGAAUUACGCAAAAUCCAAGCUCUGUAUUCCGAUCA